ACGGCGCGCAUGUGUUCCAUAUCUUGCCUCGCGCCUCCUGCGAUUUCAUGAACGAUUUUCAUUCCGGUGCAGUUGACUCAACCGGAAGGUGCUCGAAUACGAGGGAUGGAGGGCGUAAACAUCCACUCGAUGUGCUUGGAGCCCAAAAUCGCUGCCAGCAGAGAUAAGUAUCUGAAUAUGCCUCCGGCCGAUCGACGAACUCACUACAAAUGUGGCAAGAAAUACGUAGUCCUCGAAGACUUGACGGAUUGGCCCUCUUACGCGCGUCAGCACCGCUGUGGCAAGAAGGUCGAAACGAAAUGGUCAGCGGACAGCCUCCUGAACCGGAAAAUCUGCAUAUUCGAAGGCGACAUCACAACUCUCGAGAUCGACGGAAUAGUUAACGCGGCUAAUAAUCGUUUAUUGGGUGGCGGCGGUGUCGACGGAGCCAUCCACAAGGCUGCGGGGCCGCAGCUUCUUGAGGAAUGCGCUGCGUUGAACGGUUGCGCCACCGGAGACGCGAAAGCCACCGGAGGCUACAAGCUUCCAGCCAAAUAUAUUAUUCAUACAGUUGGACCCAUUGGCGAGAACGAAUCGAAGCUGCACGGCUGCUACUUGACGUGUCUCGAAACGGCGAAAGCUUUGCGCAUGAGACACAUAGCCUUCCCGUGUAUCUCGACGGGCGUUUACGGCUACCCGAACAAAAAUGCCGCUCAUGUAGCCUUGUCAACGACUCGCGAGUGGUUGGAGAAGGAAGAGAACGCUAAGCAGGUGGACCGAAUUAUUUUUUGUCUGUUUCUUCCUGUGGACGUCAAGCAUUACAAGGAACUUCUCAACACGUACUUUCCGCUAGAAUGAGAGGAUUCUCCGAUUUCCGCGGCGAGGCUCCCCCAGGCCGCCUCGGAGAUUGAACACUAGACGUAAAAGAAUCGAAACCACCGAGAUAAUAUUCAUCUCCGCCGCCCCGCUCCCUUCCUCCAAUACGUCCCUUAGAUAGGAUAUCCAACAUCACCGGGUGCUGCUUUCAUCUGUCCGCGGCUCAUCAGCCCCUGAGUUUUGAGUUCACAUACCGUCUUCGAAAGUUGCUUCAAAUUACCGUUACGCUUCCGGAAGCAGCCACUAGGCCUCCCGAGACGUGUUCAGAACAGGAGCUUGC